AUGGAGUUACCAGCAGCCGAUGAAGGCAUUCACCUGGCUACCCUCAGGACUAAACUUCCUUCAUCUGGAAUCAGUGGGAAGCCAACGCCAGGAGGGUUUGAUGAUCAUGGACAUUAUCUUUACUAUGUUGAUGGGGGUACUGUUACAUCAGGUAGAUCAGAUGGUAUUAUGGGCUAUGCAACAUUAGAUGCCCCACCACACCACGAUUUCUAUGCCAACACAGAGAUAUGGGGUAGACGAAGGUGCUGCAGACCCUCGCUGUUUCAGUUACAUGUCAACCCUGAGGAUGCCAGUUCUCCUCCUCUGUAUGAGGAGACAACAGUCAGAGGGAUGGUGAGAGCAAACAGUCCUGAAGACGAGGAGAAGGGGGGUAACGGACCAAUGCCUGAGCCUACACGCUUUGGCUGGAUACAGGGAGUCAUGAUCCGUUGUAUGCUGAAUAUUUGGGGGGUGAUUCUGUAUCUGAGACUGCCCUGGAUCACUGCUCAAGCUGGUGUAGGUCUGACCUGGGUGAUUAUUCUCCUGUCCUCUUGUAUAACAGGGAUCACUGGUCUCUCUACCUCAGCAAUCGCUGCUAAUGGCAAGGUCAAAGGAGGUGGGACAUACUUCCUGAUUAGUCGCAGCCUUGGUCCAGAGCUGGGCGGCCCCAUCGGUCUGAUCUUUGCCUUUGCCAACGCUGUAGCCGUCGCCAUGCACACAGUGGGCUUUGCUGAGACUGUUCAAGCCCUGAUGCAAGAGAAUGGAGUUGCCAUGGUGGACCCAAGCAAUAGCAUCCGCAUCAUUGGUAUCAUUACUGUGACAUGUCUGCUGGCGAUCUCUUUGGCUGGCAUGGAAUGGGAGUCAAAGGCCCAAAUUCUGUUCUUCCUGGUCAUUAUGGUGUCAUUUGCCAACUACAUUGUUGGAACUAUUAUUCCUGCCUCGCCCCAGAAACAAGCCAAGGGAUUCUUUAGCUACAAAGCGGACAUCUUUGUUGCCAAUUUUGUGCCUGGCUGGCGAGGGUCAGAGGGCAGUUUCUUUGGCAUGUUCUCAAUUUUCUUCCCUUCAGCCACGGGCAUCCUGGCUGGCGCCAACAUAUCUGGAGAUUUGAAGGACCCUACAGUGGCCAUACCUAGAGGAACACUGAUGGCUAUCUUUUGGACCACACUGUCUUACCUUAUCAUCACUGCCACCAUUGGCGCUUGUGUGGUACGUGAUGCAUCUGGUCUGCUAAAUGACACACUUUCCCCAUCUACUGGUGAUGGCUGUGUUGGUUUAGCUUGUCAUUAUGGAUGGGACUUUACUGACUGUACCAUCAAUGGCACAUGUGCAUAUGGUCUCAGUAACUACUACCAGAUAAUGAGCAUGGUGUCAGGUUUUGCCCCCCUGAUUACAGCAGGAAUAUUUGGAGCGACCCUCUCUUCUGCUUUGGCCUGCCUUGUUUCGGCUCCGAAAGUAUUCCAGUGUCUUUGUAAGGACAACCUCUACCCUCUCAUUGGCUUCUUCGGAAAAGGUUAUGGAAAAAAUGAUGAACCACUCAGGGGCUACCUUCUGACAUACUUAAUUGCAGUUUGCUUCAUUCUGAUCGCUGAGUUGAACACUAUUGCUCCCAUCAUCUCCAAUUUCUUCCUUUGUUCCUACGCUCUCAUCAAUUUCAGCUGCUUCCACGCCUCAAUCACCAACUCACCAGGUUGGCGCCCAUCCUUCAGAUUCUACAAUAAGUGGUUGUCAUUGCUUGGGGCUAUAGUUUCUGUGGUAAUAAUGUUCUUGCUGACCUGGUGGGCAGCCCUUAUUGCCAUUGGCAUCGUCCUAUUCCUUUUGGGAUAUGCACUUUACAAGAGGCCAGCUGUGAACUGGGGCUCAUCAGUUCAGGCAGGUUCGUACAACAUGGCCCUGUCCUACUGUGUAGGCCUUAAUGCUGUGGAAGACCAUAUCAAAAAUUACAGACCACAAUGCCUGGUGCUGACAGGUCCUCCCAGCAGUCGGCCGACAUUGGUGGAUCUGGUAAGCUCUCUCACCAAGGGUCUAAGCCUAAUGAUGUGUGGCAAUGUGGUCAAUGGUGACCACACCCUCUCUGGAGUGGAGAUAGCAAGCAGCAAUAGUCAUGUGACGUGGCUGAACCAAAGGGGAGUCAAAUCAUUCUACCACAGUGUUGUGGCAGCAGACCUACGCUCAGGAGUUUUCAUGCUGCUAAAGGGGGCAGGGUUGGGGCGUAUUAGGCCUAACGUUUUACUGAUGGGCUUCAAGAAAGACUGGCGCAGAGACACACCCCAGGCUGCACACAACUACAUAGGAAUACUGCAUGACGCAUUUGACCUACAUUACGGGGUGUGCAUGCUGAGGAUGAGGGAGGGACUGGAUGUCGCUCGUCGGUUCCAUGUACACAUUAACACAGAAUUUGAUGUGGCAGAGGAUGGCACUAAAGGUAUCUCACGAGUUGAUCCGGACAUUUUAUUAAACGAGCUCCAGCCCAGAACAGUGUUCCAGCGUAAACAAGGAAAGAAGACAAUCGACGUCUACUGGCUUUCUGAUGAUGGAGGUUUGACCCUGCUGCUACCCUACCUGCUGACUCGGAGGAAGCGGUGGGCUCAGUGUCAGGUGAGAGUGUUUGUGGGAGGAGACCAUGCCAGGAAGGAGCAGCAGAGAGAAGAGGUACUGACCCUGGUCAGGAAGUUCCGACUUGGUUUCCAUGAUGUGUACGUGCUGCCUGACAUCUAUGAGAAACCUCAUGUGGAGCACGUGAAACAGUUUGAUGAUAUGCUCAGGCCGUUCAAGCUGGAGACCAACUCCAAAGACGGGUCUGGUUCUACACCACAGGAGCAGCCCUGGACAAUCUCUGACCAGGAUGUAGAUUCUAACAAGGCCAAGUCUCUCCACCAAAUUCGUCUGAAUGAGGUGCUGCAGGACCACUCCAAAGAGGCUGCCUUGAUUGUUAUCACAAUGCCAAUAGGGAGGAAAGGUGUGUGUCCUAGUGCUCUCUACCUGGCUUGGCUGGACAUCCUGUCACAUGACCUAAGACCUCCAGUCCUAUUGGUCAGAGGUAAUCAGGAAAAUGUCCUCACCUUUUACUGCCAGUGA